UGGAAAACAGUCGCUUCCUCGCACCAUCGAACCAACAAAAUGUCCGCCAGCUCAAUGCGUUUGCUCUGCCUGAUGGCCUGCUGCAUCAGCGUCUGCUUGGCCUACAGACCCAACCUGGCCUACCGCAGCAAUGACUAUAGCCAUGGCAGCUAUGCCGACUACGUCAAGCCCUCCGAUACCGCCGAGGCUCAGGCCGCUGCUCUGACCAAUGCCGCUGGCGCCGCCGCCGCCUCAGCCAAAUUGGACGGCACCGACUGGUAUGCCCUGAACCGUUAUGGCUGGGAGCAGGGCAAGCCUCUGCUGGCCAAGCCCUACGGCCCACUGGACAAGCUCUACGCUGCUGCUCUGCCACCACGUUCCUUCGUUGCCGAGAUCGAUCCAGUCUUCAAGAAGAGCAGCUACGGCGGUCUCUACGGCGAUAAGACUGUCAUCCUGAACACUGGCUCCAAGCUGGCAGUCUCUGCUGCCUAAUUUGUUUGGACACUCAACUUGUCCCCAACCAGUUGAAAGUCUUAAUAAAUAGUGAUUAGUUUAAACAAAACAAAAA